AUGAGAGUAACACUUGCCCUUCAAUGGAAGGCUCUCAUCGACAAAAUACACCCCUCCCUCCCGAUCUCCUUUCGUCAGUCACGAACCGUGCUCAAAGCUCUCGAUUCUUCCUUCCAGAACCAGCUAGACAUGCAUCACCCGAUCGACGAAGCGCACCCAACUAGCAACCACAUCACCACGCUCUUAGGCAAUCCACUCUUCCUGAAAAAGUCUUUGCUGAAAGUAUCUCGGCGGGAAGAGCCACUGGUGCGCAUGGAGAAUGCGAUUGCUCAGGGAUUCGCAAACCUAUACCUUGUGAAGGAUUGUCUCCGUGCGCACUUCAAAGAUUGCAAUGCAGACCAAGACCCUCGCAAAGCCAUGGAAGACUCAGAAGCUGCAAAGUUGAUUCUACAUUGGCUGUGGUCAUCCGGCAAUUCACGAACCUUUCAGCAUUUGGCGGACCCUCAGUUGACGAGGCUGAUUGUCCAUUUUCUCGUCGCUAAGCGAGAGUACAACAUGAUCCACCAUUGGAUACAGCUAGGAGAUGACACUCUGGAAGGAUCAUCUGACUCUCGCAAGAUUCCUGGACGAACGUUGUUGGAAUUGGUAGUGUCGGAAUCAAGAUUCGGUGGUGGCUUUCAAUCUGCUCUCCUUAUCUUCUACGAGUAUGUGCGCAAAUUUGCAAGCUGCAUUGAGAAAGAGCGAGAGAACAGGUCAAGGCUUUUAUAUACUCUAAGGCCAGCUGGGCGAUAUCUAGUGAACACAAUUGCGUCUCUGGUGCGCGAGGGAAAAUUAUCAGCGGAUGAUUACGACAAAUUUGUGGGUUUCGCGAAGCUUUGGACUUGCAGGGUUUCAUAUGAACGUGCCUGGCUAGAGCUGCAUCAUCCGUCACGUCCGAGUCCUGAUGCAGCACUCAAAUACCUUCAAGACAUGAACAUCACACAAAGCAGCGCUCUAGCCAGAACUGGCAGGCGUAAUAACGUGAAGAUCGGCAUUCAGACUGCGGAAUUAUUGCUUUCUCAGGGCAGACAGCAGGAUGCUGCCCUUGUCAUGGAAAUUUUGAAGCAGCACUUUCCCGACGCUAUUGGAUAUCGGGGCUCAGUACAAAAAAUUGAGAAGUCUGAGCCCGAGGGCGCAGAGACACGUGACUUAUUUGACUUACGACUUCUUGAGAGCUUAACAACAGGUUAA